CCCAUUUUAAUUCUACCCACAAACUUUCUUGCUGACCACUUCUCUAACUUUCCUGUGUCUAGAUUUUCAAGUCAACACCUUACAAUUAUAUAAAGCCCCAAUGUACCUUCAUAAAUCAUCGAAGAGGCCAGAAAGAUAAAAGAGUGUAGAAGAACCCAAGUUAUUUCCUGUAAUUUCCUUCUUCAGUGCCCUUUGUUCUGGACUCAAUGGUGGACACAGAGGAUGUACCAUCAGCUCCUUCUACUCCUGUAACCCCAGGGACACCUGGGGCUCCUCUCUUUGGUGGGUUCAGGUCAGAGAGACAUGGUAAUGGCAGAAAAUCCUCCCUCCUUAAUAGCUGCAAGUGCUUCAGUGUAGAAGCAUGGGCACUUGAAGAAGGCAACUUGGGCCCAAUGGCUUGUUCAUUGCCUCCCCCACCAGUCUCUCUUGCAAGAAAGGUUGGAGCAGAGUUCAUAGGCACCCUUAUACUCAUCUUUGCCGGGACAGCCACUGGGAUUGUGAACCAAAAAACACAAGGCUCAGAAACACUCAUCGGCCUCGCUGCUUCCACCGGCCUCGCUGUAAUGAUAGUUAUACUGUCCACAGGGCAUAUCUCAGGAGCCCAUCUCAACCCAGCAGUCACCAUUGCCUUUGCUGCUCUCAAACACUUUCCAUGGAAACAGGUACCUUUGUACAUUGGAGCACAGGUGAUGGCUUCAAUCUGUGCAGCAUUUGCACUGAAGGGGAUCUUCCACCCAUUCAUGAGUGGUGGAGUCACUGUUCCCUCAGGUAGUCAUGGUCAGGCAUUUGCUUUGGAGUUCAUCAUCUCCUUCAAUCUCAUGUUCGUUGUCACUGCAGUGGCCACCGACACAAGAGCUGUUGGGGAGCUCGCAGGAAUCGCGGUUGGAGCCACUGUCAUGCUUAACAUACUCGUUGCAGGGGAGAGCACUGGAGCAUCCAUGAACCCUGUGAGAACUCUUGGGCCAGCCAUAGCUGCUAACAACUAUGAAGCCAUUUGGGUCUACCUCACUGCUCCUAUCCUUGGUGCACUCAGUGGGGCUGGAGUUUACUCAGUAGUUAAACUGCCGGAAGAAAACGAUGGAGAGAAGCCGACGACUGUACGGAGCUUCAGAAGGUGAUAACUCCAGCAGAAUAAAGUAAUUCAGCUUCUAGGAUAAAUACAUGCACAGAAUCCCGAGAUGAUGAGCUUAUCAAUAUGAUCAGAGGAUCAAUGGGAGAUGGCCCAAAGAUUCAUGUCCGCUUGCUAUUUAUAUAAAUAAUUGGACAUUGUCCCAAGAAACGGAAAUUAGAAAAUGAUGGGAAAGAAGCUUAAGAGUUGACUCUUGUCAUGGGUCCUUGGAGAUGUGUAAGUACUGUGUCCUCUAGUGAGAAUUUUUUUUUUUGGUUGUAAGGGUUUAGCUAUCAUAUGUAAUUGUCCAGUAGGCCACAUGUUGGGAAUGAUUGAAUAAAGAAAUGGUAAUGGUAAUGUAA